AUGCCGGGGCUGGCGGUCGAGGAGGGGAUGGAGGGCUGGAGCCCAACCCCGCCGCUGUAUGAGGAGUACCGCCCGCCGCCUCUCGAUGCCAUCCGCCUGCCCAGGUACGCGCUGUACCUGCUGCUGGCAGCGCUCCUGGUGGUGGCUGUGGCCUAUGCCAUCGUUGGACACCUCAUCAAGGACCUCGCCCACGACCUGGCCGACUGGGCCUUUGGCCCGAAGCCGGACCAGGAGGACGCCCCCCGGGAGCUGCGCUCGAGCCUGGAGGGUGAGGAUCUGGAGGAGCUGGACCUGCAGCUGGCCCUGGCCUGGCGGGGUGAUGAGGACCUUGGCAGGGCUGGUGACGCAGCCCCUGCAGAAGCCCCCGCCCAGGCUCCCCGCCGCCCUUCCAUCGCCUUCAAGGACCCACCCGGUCGGAGCUCCUUCUGGAGGCUGGCCUGAGCCGGGCCCUGCCCUCUGGCCCCGGGCCCUGGCUCUGAACCCCUUUGGCAGCUGUAUAGACGACUCGUGCACACUGGACCCCUUGCUCCACUGAGUUGCCCCAUCGUGGCGGAGGACAUUCUGUUUCUUGGCUGACAGAUUCCCGUGGUUGGUCACCGGUGCUUUCCGCACUCCUUUCCCCGGUGGCCCCCGGAGCCAACGUCCACCACCAAGAAGAUGUUUUAUUUUUUAAAGAUUUUAUUUAUUUAUUCAUGAGAGACAGAGAGAGAGAGAAAGAGGC